AUGGACCCUUCCGGCUUAGAACGCUUCUUCAGCCGCCAGUGGAAAAUAACCGUCGAGCAGUGCGAGAAAUCAUUCCAACCAGAAUACUUGGAACAGGUACAGUUGAUGGCAUCAUGGAAUUCAAUGCAGGAACAUGCGUUGGAACCGGCGGGCAUUCCAUAUGAGAUUGCUUCAAUCAAACCAACGCUCAAUCACCUCUAUGAAUUUACACGGAUCUUCGAAACCCAGCUGGCCCCAGGACUCCAAGCGGAUUUUUUCUGGGGCAUCACUGGCGUCCUACUGAAGCUCACUGCCCAAGACCCGCAGGCGCUCUCCAGAAUUCCACGGAUGCUGAAGUCUCUUGGAUAUAAGGCGGAGGCUUUCGCGGGCUACUAUGCCGCGUGCAGGAACAAACCGGAGCAAAUAAAGGAAGCUUGUUUCGACAUUCAGAUUCAGCUGGUCGAAUUCACCACGAACGCGGUAAAGUCCAUGCGUGGCGAGGAGGAGACGUCUUAUGAUAGGCGAGGCGAACGCUAUCAUCAUGAAUGUCAAGAGGACCCAUGGCUGCUACUUCAGCGUCGAUUCACUUCUAGGAACCAGGAGCUCACUGAAACGGUAGCGCGAGUGGAAAAGCUGAUUGCUACACGUCCCUCGGGCGGAGAUCACCACAGCUCUUUGGAUGCGACAACAGUUACGCCGCAAUUUCGUUGUACGAUACUCCCAUCUAAAAGGACCCCCCGGUUUCUCGACAGAGUUGAGACUUUUGAGAAGAUAGAUCAGGUCCUAGGACGGAUAGGAUCAAACACGCCUUUCCGAGCGCCUGAAGUUACCGGGAGCGCAACCCAACUUGCACAGCGAGAACUUGAUUCUUGUCCAGAACUGGUUCCAGUCGACUGUCAUGGAAAGGCAAUUAUCACCACUCGCAACCAUUCAUUAGUAUAUGAUCCCGCCACAUACGGCUUGGAAAUAACCUCAUGGGACGCACAGACGGGCUCCGAGUUUCUGCUCUUCCUGUUGAAAGGCAACAUCGGCAGUGAUAUCCACGCGGAGGGUGAUUCUGCAAUUGAACUUUCUCGAAAACUGGGUGGUCAUGCCUUGGCUCUCUCGCACAUGGCCGGGCUGAUCCAUCGCCGAUCUUGGUCUAUUGCUGAAUUCAUGCGGAUCUAUUCGAAGAAUCCCAGACGGGCUCACCAAUCUGAGCUACAGGCUGUGUGGGAUCUCUCCUUUGCCACUCUGGGGCAGGAUAGCCGGGUGUUCCUAGGAGUUGCGUCAUUCUUAGUAUCUGAGAAUAUUCCACAGCUUCUCUUUGACGUUGGAGGAGACAGCGAUCUUCCAGAAGAUCUCGCCUUUUGUACCGACGAGUUCAGUUUCUCCGAGGCAACAGAACCCCUCCUGACCCUUGCGUUGAUCAAACGCGACAAAGAUGCUCGCGUGUUCUCUUGCCAUCGGAUGGUGCAGACUCAAUUUCGAUAUUUCCUCUUUCUUGACGAGAGACAGCAGGCUUUCGCCAACGCAACUGCGCUGGUCCACCGCGCAUUUCCCAAGCAGUCCGAUUGGACUAACCAGAACCAGCUGUAUCAGGAAUGGACCCAGUGCAACAGCUGCCUUCAACAUGUGCUCAGUCCUGUGGAUAAAUUCAAGGAAGAGCGGAAAGCCACGAAGAAUUUCAAGGCACCGUCGCUAUUCUGUCGUGACCGAUACAGAUGUCUCUACGAGAUCAACGCACUCAGGGAUCUUGAGGAUGUGUGUGAGGUGGAUAUGCUGGCUGUGGAAGCACUCGAGGAUAAAGAAAAGGCCAUUGAUAUCGCCGCUUGGACGCUAUCGCUUCAGGCAAGUAUGUACGAGAACACGGGAAAGGUACAAAAGGCCAUUGAGCUCAAUACCAAGGGUUACCAAAUGCGACUAGAAGAAAAGCCCUUGAAAGGCGGUCUUCUCGGUGGAUUUGAGCAAAACUUGGCUUACAACUAUAACACGGCCAAUGAUCAUGAGAUGGCAUUGACUUGGUUUGAAAAGUCGAGGGAUACAUGGAUUGCUUGGAACGUCAAGGAGGGGCGAGGUGCUGUUUGGCCAACGGUGACAAAGAAGAAUACAGCCCGGUGUCUUGUGUAUCUCGGUCAAUACGACAAGGCGCAAGAAUUGCUCGACAUUGCAAUCGCUGAGUUCAAGCAGGAAAAGCCGCUUAAUUGGGCAAUGCUGGCUUACGCAUACUUCGCCUUGGGGCUGCUGGAGCGCCGAAGAAAUAGGCUUGAAGCAGCAGAAGCAAGUUUUAUCGAGGCCCAGAAUUUGUGGCUGAAAGGGGACCAGACGAGGUUACACCCGUUCAACGCCGGAUGCUUAUACAAGACGGGAGUGGUAUGUCUUGAUCAGGGGAAAGUGGGGGCAGCUGUUAAACAUCUGCGCGAAUCUCUCGAGAUUACCAAGUUCCAUGUCGACAUGAUGCCUGUCGAGCAUGCGCGGGGCCUUUUCAAGCUGUCGGAAGCCUUACUACAUGAUUCGUAUCAUAACGACGACCAGGCGAGGGCGUUGCGGGACGAAGCGGGCCUGUAUCUAUUAAGGAGGGACCCACAGGUGGUAGAGUUUGGAAAGGAAGAGUCUUAUGACCAGUGGGUGCCCAUCUUCUGGCGAUGA